UCUUAUUAACUUAAAAGAUUUGAAACGAAGUAAAGAGUGAGCAAACAACAACUAUACAAAGUCAACUACUAUAUAUAGUGCCAUAGUUCUAUACUCUUGAGUCUGUAGUACUGUUAGAUUUUAGAGAAAAAGAAAUGUUUCUCCAGAAGCUAAUCAAUGGAUUCCUCUUCAUUUACUUUCUUCUCCUCGCGAUUCAAACUCCAUCACUGAAUGCUCAAAUAAUUUUACCUAUUGAGUUCUUUCCUAAAUUUCUUAUCGAUUUAGUUUCAAAAUACAUUCAAGAAAACAAUGAUUAUUUGAUUUCCGAGAAACCUCAUUUCCGUGUUGGACUUGCUUGGGUUGAACUUAUUCUUUAUUGGCCUCUCGCUAUUGCUAAUGUCUAUGGGUUACUCAACAAAAGAUCUUGGGUUAAAAAGACUUGCUUGAUUUAUGGCGUUUCUGCUUCUACUAACUUGGUUGCAAUUUUGUCAGAAUUGAUUGGAUCCGGAAAGGGUUCACCAAAGCUUGUGAGUAAUUUUUAUGGACCUUUCAUGAUUGCUACAGUAAUCUGUAUUUUGAAUGGACUCACUACGACAACAUCUUCAUCAUCUACACGAACACCGAUGCCUAGAAAGAAGAGGGUGUAAUACUUGUUUUGAUCUGGAAUCUGAUGUAUCUCAUCUUAUAUUCUGCGCUUCAAUUUUAGUCUUUGAGAACCUUGUAGUGAUUGACAUGCUAUUACUGUAUCAAUUUAAUUCUGGAAUGAACAAGACAACCGAACAUACCAAAAUGAA